AUGCCCGAAAAUGCAUCGCCUCCAGAACUAGAUGUCGCAAGAUCUAGUGUUAUGCCUGAGACCGUGGAUUCUGAGGACGGUGACAUAUUGCCCUCGGCUUCGGAUAAGCUAAUCGCUGCAUGCAUCCGAGUUCGCCAGCAUGCCUAUUGCCCAUACAGCCUAUUUCCGGUUGGUUCAGCUGUACUCACGAAGUCGGGUGAGGUAUUUGAGGGGGCCAACGUGGAGAAUAUCGCCUUUCCAAAUGGUUGGUGUGCAGAGUGCAGCGCUAUUGGAGCCGCUGUGUCCAGCGGUCAGCGCAAGAUUAUGGCUGUUGCAGUGACUACAGCUCGUGAAGCCUUCGUUUUGCCAUGCGGCCGAUGUCGUCAGGUGAUUUCUGAGUUUGCUGAGCCCGGCGCUAUGUUGUAUUUGGUUAACGUGACCGGCAAGAUCCGAGCAAUGAGAUUCCAUUCCACACUCCCUCAGCCUCUGACUACUCUGAACUAA